UAUUUGCAGUCAUAAACUCAAAAAACCCUAAAAAUCGAGUUUCCUACUGAUUUGAGUGAUUCCCCACUCUUGCCUCUGCGAAUCAAUUUACAUUCAUAGGUGAUAUUUGUGAUGGCGGGAGGGAAGAUGAAGAAAGAUAAGCAAAAAGGGCCGAGAGCCCCCUCCAAUCACUACCAAGGUGGUGUCACUUUCCACAAAUCCAAAGGCCAGCACAUCCUUAAGAACCCUUUGUUGGUCGACGCUAUUGUCCAAAAGGCCGGCAUCAAACCCACCGAUACCAUCCUCGAAAUCGGUCCCGGUACCGGUAACCUUACCAAGAAGCUUCUUGAAGCCGGUAAAAUGGUCAUCGCCGUCGAACUCGAUCCUCGUAUGGUCCUCGAACUUCAACGCCGCUUUCAAGGCACCCCUUUCUCUAAUCGCUUAAAGGUUAUUCAAGGUGAUGUGCUGAAGACGGAUUUGCCCUAUUUUGAUAUAUGUGUGGCGAAUAUUCCGUAUCAAAUAUCUUCUCCUCUUACAUUCAAGUUACUGUUUCAUCAGCCUGCUUUCAGGUGUGCUAUUAUUAUGUUCCAGAGAGAAUUCGCAAUGCGACUUGUUGCUCAGCCUGGUGAUAAUCUUUACUGCCGGCUUUCCGUCAAUACCCAAUUUUAUGCUCGGGUUUCCCAUCUCCUCAAAGUUGGGAAGAACAAUUUCCGGCCUCCACCUAAGGUUGAUUCUUCUGUCGUAAGGAUCGAGCCGAGGAAACCGCCUGAAGUGAAUCAUAAGGAGUGGGAUGGGUUUAUAAGGAUUUGUUUCAUAAGGAAGAAUAAGACACUGGGUUCCAUUUUCAAGCAGAAAAACGUACUGUCACUCUUGGAGAAGAACUAUAAGACCUUGCAGGCGCUGCAAGGCCCACAAAAUGUUUCUUUGAGUGGGAAUGAUGAUAUGGAGAUUGCAAGAUUAGGGGAUGAGAGUAUGGAAAUGGAUGAUGGAAUGGAUGAUGACAUGGAUAUGGAAUGUAAUGAAGCAGAAGGAGAAGGAGAAGUGUCUGAGUUUAAAAAUAAGGUUAUAAGUGUGUUGAAGGAAGGAAAAUUUGAGGAGCAGAGAGCAUCCAAGCUUAGUCAGGAAAGCUUUUUAACCUUACUCUCUAUGUUCAACAUGGCUGGCAUACACUUCUCUUGAUGCAACCAUGCUUUUUCUUUUGAUAAAAGGUUUUGUUCAUCUUCCUUAGGCAAUAGGGGUAUCCAAUUUUGUUUUGGUUUAUUUGUUUUUAUCAGGUUAACUUAAUUGAGAAUGUAUUUAUUUUGUUUGCUGGAAAGUAUUAUCAUCUAA